AUGGUAGAACGGACGGCGACCAUCCAAAUUAAGAGACUUAGGGCUAAUUCAUGUGUUUCUCUACAGGCCGAAGAACUCGAUACCCAUUUACAAACAUUAACCGGCAAAGUACCCGUAACAUUGGAAAACGGCCAAUCAACCUAUGCUUAUCCAUUAGGCAGCUGGGUCUACCACGAAAAGCUAAAACAGAUGCAACUCAUCUUUCAAAUGGGUUUCGAGCUAUCCAUCUACGCUCCAGAAGAACUUGGCGGAAUGUAUUGGUACUUGUCGCAUCUAUGUUCCAGUCAUCAACUUCACAUUGAACGAAUACAAGCGUUUGUCCACUCAGAGGGCAGAAGAAGCAAACGUUUCAGAGGCAACGAGGCCACCUUUGAAAGAACACUCACAACCCUCGGCCGUCAUAGUCUAUGGCUCAUAGCGACAGAGACAUUAUCCCUCGGCCUCCAGGUGCUGUACGUAUUCCUCGAGCGACACCGAGUACUCCCUCACGCAGCUUCACAGAAUGCAUACUCCUGCGCCAGACUUCGCUACGAACUCCGUAUGACGCCGCUCUUGCCCAUCAGUCUAUCGGAAUUAGUCUCAUACGAUCAAUACGAGGACAAUGCCACACUCAAGGGCCAAAAUGAUAGCGACUUACUCAAAGCGGAGCAAUUGCCGAUGCACGCAAAGCAUGGGAAGCGGUCUUUGCGCAGGGCGCUUUUGUCACGACCACACAGCAUCAGAAAAACGAACUCACUGAGAGCAUGUAUAGGCGCCAGUAUUGCGAUUCAGACGGUCACCAAGAUCUUCAAUAAGACGAACUUGUCGAAGUCGACUGCUGAGGAGAAACCUGGAACAGCCUUGCUGUCGAUUAAGGUUGAAAUUCCAGAAGUUGGCUCAGCAGGGCGGCACCAUGUAGAUGCGCCUCGGUGUGAAGACAUGUGUGACCGGCACUGUCACCCAUUUGCCCUGCGCUGCACUUGAUUUCAUUAUUGAUCUUUAAUAGAUAGAAGUGCAUAUUGUUGACGUCGUGUUGGGCUGGUAG